GAAUUGUGGCGGUAAGGCUUGAGCAUUGAUAGUGUCAUUGUCAGAGUUGGUAAAAGUCACUUUUCCUUCAACAGACCUCGUGACCUUCGGGUGAAUCCGCGCGUUUUAUAAUUAAGAAACGUGAUGAACGAAUUCUAUUGUCACCGCAUUCAUUUCUUUGAGUAUCAACCGUCCCCGUUUUCGUGUCUCGCCAGAAAUGAUUUUGGUCUUAUCGCUGCGGGUCGUCAGGAUGGUUCAGUUGAUGUCUAUGAUGAAAACCGUGAUUUUUUUAUGGUUGCGCAUGUUCCACGCGGUGUUUGUUGUUCAGUAGAAUCCUUGGUAUGGAUACAAUGCAGACUAUUUUGCGCAGGUGCACUAGGCCGUCUUAUGGAGCUUGACUUACAAACUUCUAGUAUCAAAGGUUCUUGUUUGUUAGUGGGAAACGUGGCAGCCCGAUGUAUGACUGUAUUCGAUAACAACAUUAUUGUAGGCAAUGAUGAAGGAUUUAUCACAUUUUUUUCAGUAGAAGGCGUAGAUCCAACGCCCACCAUUACGAUUCCAAAGCUUUCAGGUAAAAUCUUGUCCGUUGCUUGUACGGGCACAGAAAAAGCUAUUGUGGCAACUGGAACAAGCACUGGUUCUCUUUUGUUGAUAUCUAUCCGGGAUGGCAUUUCUAAAGUUAGGUUUACGUUAACGGAAUCAAAAAAGCUCUGUUUUAUUUGGACUCUAUUGUUCGCUCGUGGUUUACUGUUUUCUGGAGAUAGCAGAGGUGUAGUCAGUAUUUGGGAUAUAUCUGUUGGUGGUCAAUUGUUCAGUUUCUCCUGUCAUCAUGCUGAUGUUCUUGCUCUGGCUUCUAGUCCCGAUGGUUCCGUUAUUUUUAGUGGUGGAGCGGAUGCCUUAAUAAGAAGAUUUGAAUUUUCAGUAUCUGAAAAUGGAGAAGGUCAUUGGCAAUGUAGUGGUUUGAUAAGGGGUUGUCGACGUGAUAUUCAUGCGAUAGCAUUCAUUCCAGGUCAUCAUCAUGAUCCCAGUAGAGACCAUUCAUUUUCAGACAAUCGAUUCGAACCUCAUCGUCUUGUUGCCGUUGGACAAGACGCACGUUUGCAGGUGUUAUCAUGUGAAUCAGCUGAAAUGGGUGAUGGGGCAGUUGCUGAAGCUGAAAAAACCUUGGCUACCAAUGUUGGAAGACCACGAAGGGGGCAGAUAGGAGAUAUCGCAUAUGUUGCUGCACUACCAUUCUGGCCUGCUUCUGUUGCACCUACCUAUCCUGCACCCGCGCGCUUUAUAGCUCUAGCUAAAGGAUCAAUGCAUGGAGCUUUUGGUGAUCAAACAGAUGCCUCUCGUCACUUGUGUCUUUUGCACUAUCAAGACAGACUGUGUUUAGUGCGUCUUGGUAAACCGCUAACAUCUGGUCGUAAAAGAUGUUUCCAUGGAUUUUGUUCUAUGAGCCUUGGUCCACUUCAAAUAGUUGAAAUUCGUCCUUCGAGAGGUAUGGAAUUUAUUGAGUCUACUUUAUCUCCUUGUGGACUUUUUAUUGCUUAUAGCGACUUCAGACAGACUCGAUUGCUCAAAUUAGAUGUGGGAUUUAAAAGAAAACGAGGAAGUUUUUGUGUAUCAAAAUCAAAAGUUAAACUAGUUGAAUGGCAAACUAGUUUACAGAAUUCAAUUAAUCUUUCAAUAAAGUCUCGAGAUAAAAAAGUAAUACGUUUGGAUAGUUCUGGCAAAUCAUCGUCCAAUACAUCAUCUUCAGAGGCAGAAACAGAUAUAGAUGAAAUAUUACACGAUGAUGAUAUUUUGGAAUAUUUUACAAUGGAUAAGUCGUCUUCCAAGAAGGAUAGUAUUUUAUCUAAUGAUGAUUCAUGUGAUUUUUCACCUACAGAACAGAAUAAAGUUUCUGGGAUAACUCUUCCACCUUCCUGUUUAAUGACUUUCACUGCAAAUUCUGAAAAUCUUCUACUGGUCACCCAAAAGACUGGAAAAUUCAUGUGUAUAUCUGUUGACAAUGGUAAUAUCUUAUGGGACCGUAAUGUUGAUCAAGGCGAUGAAUCAUGUAUUCAAGCGCAUGUAAUGUCUGUUUCAAAUCUUGUCACUGAAGUUGGCUACUUAAUUGCACUGGGUUGUUCUGAUGGACGUGUACGCUUAUACGAUUCACCAACUGGUUCGAUUAUAUUCACCUGUUCAUGUGUCAAUUCUAUUACUGGUCAUUCACCUUUACCAGUAUCUAUUGUAUUUCCAUCAGUUAUUGAACAACAAUCAGAUACGAUAAUAUCUAAACUGAACUUUUCUGUAUUGUAUACAAAUAGCCAAUUAAGGGAGUGGUCUGUGUCUUUACAACAACCAAAUAAUACAAAUGAAUCCACUGGUUCUGGUAAUACAACAUAUCCUCCAGCAGUGCAUAUCAACGUUGAACUCAAUAAAUGGCUUGUUAAAUUUUGGCGUACUAUGGGCAAUGAAAUUUCACGGAAUUUAGGAGUAUUUCAUAGUGUGGAUUAUAUUGGAUCUAGUAAAUGGCUUUUAGCUUCAGAUCGUUAUUUGGUCAUUAUUAUUGCUCAUAAGAAUUAUAAACCGGGUAUGCUUAAAAAGAUCCUUCAACGAGACAGAGCUGCUGAUCAAGACUACUGCAUGUUUAUUUCCAGAAGUGUUAAAAGUAUUCUUCAAGCAAAGGUCCUGUCGGAAUCAGAGAUUGCAGUUAUUUCUAUUCAUUCUGAAAACAUAGCUCUACAGCUAGCCUCACCGCUGCAAAGGAAAGUGUUCGGAACUUGAUGCAUAUAUAUAUAUAUAUGCUUGAUGUAUAUAUUACUUAUAUAUCUGCUUUGAUACUCAUAUUCGCUUUUUUUUCACCUCGAAUUAAAUGAUAACUUAAACUUUUGUAUAACACAUAUUAUGAGGCAGCUUUAAAGGAUGUAAUCGUUAGAUUUGUAAAGUCAAAUAAUCCCACUGUGUCUGCGUUUUUGUUUCUUGUGGUUAAUUGACACUGGUUGCUUACAUAGAGUGGGAAUACUGUACUGUUAGCCGGAUGGUGUUAGUCAAUACCUCUACGUUAGUAACAAAUGCAUAUAUACAUUUGUCUCAGUAUCUUGUAAAUGGGUUUUCUUACGUCUAAUCAUCAAUAAACAGUUCACGUAAUUCAGCUGC